UUCACCAUCACGGCUACUCACUGUUGAGAUAGAGACUAGAGAGAGCAGUGGGCACAAUGGUUUGCAUUAAGGCCAUUGCUUUUGUGGUUGUAGUUGCCGCUGCUGCGUCGCUUGCUCCGGUUGGUGAGAGCCGCUUUGCUCGGAAGGACCUUGGUCUCAACCUGGGCCUUGGCGGGCUCGGAAUCGGUAUCGGAUUGGGUGCUGGUGUUGGCGCAGGUGGUUCCGGCUCUGGGUCAGGUUCAGGUUCGGGAUCUGGUUCCGGAUCAGGGUCAGGAUCAGGAUCAGGAUCAGGGUCAGGUGGCCUAGGUCUUGGACUUGGUGUUGGAGUCGGUAUUGGUGCAGGUGGUGGUGGUGGUGGUUCUGGAUCAGGCUCUGGAUCGGGUUCGGCGCCUGUCUCUCGUUCUGGGUCGAUUCCAGGCAUAGGAUCUGGUUCUGGAUCGGCAUCGGCUUCUGGGUCAGGCUCAGCCUCGGGAGGGGGUGGGCUUGGGCUUGGGGCUGGGCUCGGUAUUGGAUUAGGUGGUGGCACUGGUGGCUCUAGCUCGAGUGCAGGCUCGGGCUCAGCUUCGGCUUCGAGCUUUGGCUCGGGAAGCGGCUCAAGCGCUGGAUCGGGAGCUAGCUCUAGUGCAGGAUCCGGUGCAACAUCGGGUGUUGGGCCAAGUGCGGGUUCAAAUGCAGGGUCUAGCGCAGGCUCGAGUGCCGGAUCAAAUGCGGGGUCUAGUGAUGGCUCUAGUGCCGGUUCAAGUGCAGGCUCUAGUGCGGGUUCAAGUGCGGGAUCUAGUGCGAGAUCAAGAGCGGGUUCCGAAGCCAAAAGAGUGCAAGGCCACAACUAAUGUGAUCUGGGAUGAAGACAUGAUUCUCUAAAUACUAUGUUAAUUCUAAAAUAAGGACAUACAUAUAUAAUUAUUGUGACAAUUGGUGAAGGCAAUGAUAUUUGAUGUAUUUCAUUUUGACAAGGAUCAAAAGAGUAUGGUUAUAUGAAAACUCGGGUAUGCUUUGAAUAAAGGACCUUAGAUGAAUCUCAAAUGUCUUUCAUUUUUUAAAUUUCAUUAUCAUGCUUUAACUCUUGAGUAAUUAUGUAUGGUGCAUGAUCUAGUAACAUUAACUUGAACACCAAUGUUGUAUCCUUAUGUACCUAGC